AUGGAUGGAGGGGAGCCAACAGUCCUGAUAAACUUUCUGUCAAAACUUGGACUGGAGAAAUUCUAUCCCAACAAGCUCACUCUUCGAUCCCUCUUGGAGAUCAACAAAAGCAGCGUGUAUGAUGAAGCUGUUUCAUCAGUGGAGGAGAUCCCGUGGUGUUUCCUCAGGAGACUCUUCAGAAUCAAUGCAGAAUGCAGAGACUGUACUCAGUUAUCAAACACAGAUAAUGAUGAGGAGGAUAACAGUGAUGAAGAUGACUAUGACAAAGACCUUUAUACUGCAGAUGACUCUGCAGACAAUCAGGUAAAUCCACUUGACCUCAUAGUAGCUCUCUUUCUUUGUGCUGACAGCUUCUUGCAACAAGAAAUGGCCUCGAAGAUGUCAAUGUGCCAGUUUUCUGUCCCACUGCUGUUGCCCCAUGGAAACAAAAGUCAGUGUACCUUGAUGCUGUGGGCUCUGAGAGACAUCGUCAAAGAGUGGCGACCACAUGAUAUAUCUGAAUCAAAGGGGUUUGUUGAAAACAACAUUGUCCAUGCAGAUAUACCAUUCUACUCUUUUGUGAGGCUGAAAAACUGCAGCUUAUCCAAGUCUCAGAUUCUAAACAAUCUUCUGAGCCGUGGCCAACUGAAUCAAAACAUGUUCAUUCACAGGGAUAUGGAAGGAGGUUCACUUGACAAAAGUGUUGCAGGUGGAUUGGUAGAGGUUUGCUGGUACCUUCCAUGUGGUACUGAAAACACUGAUGCGUUUCCAAAACCAACUGUUCUGGCAAAUUUGAGAGGAGACAUUGAUCUGUCGCUCACUCAGUUCAGCUUCCUAUUCAAAGUGUCGACUGCUACCUUUGUAUUCUUGGACAAAGUUGAAGAAAACGAGCACAAGAUCCUGACUUCACUGAUUCCUCAAGAUGUCAGAUCCAAACUGUUCUUAGUUGUUAAUCAGAAGGAUGGGAAUGCCGAAGAAGACAUGUCAGUGAAAGCAUUAAAGAAAGAACUAGAUCUACCAAAGACCAAUGUGAAAACCAAAGACCGAAGGGUUAACGUGGCAGAGUUUUCAAAGAGACUUCGUGUGGCUAUCAAGAAAUUGUUGACUGAUGUAAACACAACAGUAAGCAUUGUAAAUAUGAUUGAAAAAGCGGUUGAACUUGGUCUGUCCGAGGAUGAAGGCAAAACUCACAAACAAAAGAAAGCGGCUGAAGAGAUAAUGCUAGGCACUAGUAAACAAAGUAUACCAGACUACAAGAAACAACAACUUCCACUGCAAGGAGAAAACUGGAAAAAGUUAUCACAGUUAGAGAUGGAGGACUGUAGGAUGAAAGAUGCUGGUGAAUCAGGGGGGGAACAUUAUAAAUCUAUGUUACAGAAAGAAAAACAAAGAAUUGUGAAGGAGCAAAUGGAACAACAGCUGUCCAUGGGAAUGAAAACUUUUGUUGAAACAUUAUCCACGGAUGACAAAGACAGAAGAGAUUAUUUUCUGAAGUGGAUGAAAUUCAUGUUAAUUGCACAUUCUCGGGAGAAACUGACCGAACUGCGCAAAGAAUCUAAAGAACAGUGCAGCAAAAAAGAUACAAAACCCAUCGCAGAGUUGGAUCAGGCUUUGCUGGAAAGCUCUUUGGGUCUGGAGCAUUACAUGAGAGAGAUGGGGCUGAUCUAUGAGUUUUCCUCACAGUCACAACAAACUGAUGAUACAAUAACUCGUCUUCCUGGUUUGGCUGCUGAAAUGCUGCUGGAUGGAUAUCCUUUAGAGCUUCUUGAUGGAGAUGCCUCCAACAUCCCACAGAGAUGGGUGACAGAUGUGCUGAUGGAGCUCCACAACAAGGUUGGAGGGAAGAGCAGACUGUUGGUGCUGACUGUGCUGGGGGUUCAAAGCACAGGGAAGUCAACUCUUCUUAACACCAUGUUUGGUGUACAGUUUCCUGUCAGCAGUGGCAGAUGCACAAGAGGAGCCUACAUGCUCUUUCUCAGAGUAGGUGAAGACAUGCGAAACCAGUUAAACUAUGACUUCAUAAUUCUCAUUGACACAGAGGGUCUUAGGUCUCCUUCUUUAGCACAGCUGGAGGACAGCUAUGAGCAUGACAACCAGCUGGCAACUCUUGUUAUUGGCUUAAGUGAUGUCACCAUCAUCAAUGUUGCAAUGGAGAACUUCACUGAAAUGAAAGAUUUUUUGCAGAUUGCAACUCAUGCAUUCUUGAGGAUGAAGAAAAUUGGGAAAAAGCCAGUUUGCCACUUUGUGCACCAAAAUGUUGGUGGAGUUUCUGCCCAUGCAAAGACCCUGACAGAGAGAAAGGUUAUUUUGGACCAACUCAAUGAAAUGACCCAAAUCGCAGCCAAAAUGGAAAGACAUCCCUCCAUAAAGUUAUUCACAGAUGUGAUGGACUAUGACUUGGAAAAAAAUAACUGGUACAUCCCAGGACUGUGGCACGGGACUCCACCGAUGGCUCCCGUCAACACAGGUUACAGUGAAGCUGUCGCAGAUUUCAAGAGAAAUCUCUUAGAAACAGUAAAAAGAGACAAAGGUGAUGAUGUGUCCAAGAUCCCUGAGUUUCUAGAGUGGAUGAGAAGUCUCUGGAGAGCAGUCAUGUUUGAGAACUUCAUCUUUGGCUUCAGAAACACUCUGGUGGCUAACGCCUAUGACAACCUUUGCAAAGAGUUCAGUCAAUGGGAAUGGGAGUUCAGAAGAGAGAUCUCCAUCUGGGAAGAAGCAGCUGAAAUUGAAAUCUUAAAUGCUGACAACAAGCUUGAUCAUUGGACUGAAAUGGUUGAAUCCAAAAAGUCUGAAGUAUCGAAGAAAAUAGCAGACCAACAAACAAUAAUGCAUCAGAAACUCGUGGACUACUACAAAAGGAAAGAUGGACACGUGAAUCUGAUAGAAAAAUUCAAAAGUGGAUUUUUUAACCAAAUCAAGAGUCUGGCAAAAGAAAUCCAACAUUCAGCAAACAGUGACUUGGAUCGUGCACUUGAGUACAAAAAAAGUUCACAAAAGGCAGAAGACCUUCAGAGAAAACACAGAGAAGUGAUUGAAGAACGGAUCAUGAAACUCUUGAGUGACUGCAAAAAACGCUCACUGUCUGAAGAGGAACUGGAAGAAGAGUUUGAAAAGAUGUGGGCUGAGGUCACUGUAAAUGUAUCUGGCCUGAAAGAAAAAGAUAUGCCUGCUGAAAUCUUCGACCAGUUAAAGAAACAUCUCUUAAAUCUCAAUGUCAGUGAAGAAUUAAGCAAAAUCACAGACCUCAGAGAAAGUGGGUUGGGGCAAUUCAAGGCCAAAACUGAACACAUAAACAUGAAAAAUGUUCUAAAUUUCUUUUUUCAGAAAAAUAUACAGAGAGAACUCCAGAGCCUGGCAGACGAUGUGAUUGAGUCUUUCACACAGUUUGUGGAAGACAUUGCAAAAACAGAGAGAGAUUAUCAUGAAUCUUUCACAAAGGAUCUCUUAGAAAAGAUCGAUGAAUCCCUGAAGCAGAGCAGAAAGAAAUGCAAGCAGAAGUUUGUCACUGACCUGAAACUCCACAUUUGUGGAAUUGCUACAAGAGAGUUCCUGCAGAUGCACAGGAAAUACUUGAUUAGAAGAGAUCCAAAACUUAAGCUGGAGGAGAAGAAGAAGCAGUACAUGUCCAAUUUUAUUGAUCUAUGCAAAGAGAGAGACCACUUCCAACGCAAAGCAACUGACUAUGUCAGAAGUUGUAUCAAACCUGCUGUUGAGGACUACAUCACUAGAUCUCUGGGAGUAGAGAUUUUGGAUGAAAUCUGCCAUUCAGCAGAGUACAGUUCCCGCUCCUUUUUCCAGUACAACAUCCAGGAAGAGUUGCUGCUAAAGGAAGACUUUGACAGUUUUGUCAAGUACAUCCGGAGGUACGAAACUUAUAUGAAGAGCUGGAUCUUCAAGCACAUCCGACAAAAAAUGUCAGAGGACCAGACUCUGUGCAAGCUGAAGAAUAAAGUUCUGCAGGUCAUAGUCGACAAAAUCUCAGAAGCAAUAAAGCAGUCCACAAAAUGCACUGAUGGCACUUUGUUGCCAGAUAGCAAGGAAAGCAUCCCAGCCCUCAUCAACAACAUACGCAGGUAUUUGAUCAAAGACAUCUCAAUUUCAGAGGAGGAUGAAAAAACCACCCUAUUCCAAAUUCAAUGCACAAGCCAACAGUUUAUCAACAGCCUCAAAAUCUCUCUGGAGGACUUAAAUAAAGAGCUGCAGGAGGAACUCACAAAGUCUAACAUCUCUGAGACUCUUAAGAAACUCCCCACCAAACCACAUGUUGAGCUCUUUAAGAGGGUGUUUGGCUGUGGACGUCAAUGUCCAUUUUGUAAAGUUCCCUGUGAGGCUGCAGGCAAAGAUCACGAGAAGCAUCAUGCUGCUUUGCAUCGGCCUCAAGGUCUUGCUGCGUACAGGGAUGAAGAAACUGAGAAGUUGCUUGAAACCCUGUGUACAACAGAUGUCCACGGUGAAGGUAUAUUCAUGAAUGCAGAUACUGAAUGGGAGGCGCAUCCUUACAAGGAGUACACUAAGUACUACCCAGACUGGCACAUUCCUCCUGACCGCACUAUAACGGCCUCUGACUACUGGAAGUAUGUCCUGGUAACAUACAAUGACAGAUUUGCUGAAAAAUACAAAUGCAAGUCCGCUGAUGUACCAGAGGCCUGGAGGAGUAUCACAAAGGAACAAGCACUGAAAAGCUUGAAAGAAGCCUUUAACGUAAAGUGAACACUGUACAACCCUGACAGAUAUCCUCUAACAGACACAUGAACAUGUGAGAGGCUUCCCAUAUGCAAAUGUUCAAUAGAAGAAGAGGAAUAAGAGACCCUGACAGGACUGGAAGCGUUCGAGCAUUCAGCAGAACAAUGAGUCGAAUGAGAGAGAACGACAAAUGAUGAGUCUAAUGAGGACGAUGUAAUCCCUUUUGAGUUUGUGACUUUUUUCUUUUCAAAGAUGCCGACAAAACAUGUUCAUACUGAGCUUUACACAGUGAGAUGCUGACAAUGACUAAGAUAAUCAUGAACUCAAAGACAUGAAAGCGAAUAUCAUGUUACUUCUUUUUUGUACCUCUUGUUUCUUCUACUUCUCUGAAGUUGUUUUUUCACGUUCAUGCUGAUAUAUUGAUUUAUAACUGUGUGUAAUUUAACAUGUGCUCAUAACAAGGAUUGCAAUGAUAAUAAUGUUCUUUAAGACAGCAUGAAAAAGAUGUUUUUAUGUUUAUUCUGUGACUCUGAUGUUUUAAUGUUGUUAUAUGGCUGUGUGCAUUAUACCUGGUAACACAGUAAUGAUGAUGAUGAAAUGAUGAUGAUAUACUUUAACAAUCAUGAGGAGAAUAUGAGAUGUUUUUCCAUGUUUAUGUUCAAAUGGUUCAUUUGUUGCCUCACAGCUGGAUUUACAAAACUGUGUGUAAGAAAACACACAAGAGGAAAAUGAGAGUAUUUGAUGCAGUCAGAAAAUAAGAAAUGUAGAAAAAUUACCUUUGACUUGAUGUAUCUACACUAAAGGUUUGACUUAAACACGAUCUUAUUGUGUUUUAAAUAUAUUGUGUUUUGUGUUAUUGAUGUAUUUGCUCUGCUCUGGAGAGAGCUCAAGAAGCUGAUGCUCUGGAUGAUAAUGCUCAAGAAAAAAUAAACAUGUUUUCUAAAAUGUCAUCACAGUUUUUAAGAUUUUUGUGUUUUAUUUUUUCUUCUUCUUCUUUAGUAAAGGUGAGACAUGAUAUUUUUGUGUGUGUAUUGAUGAAGUCAGUAAAUGUGUAAUAUAAAUCUUGGCUGGUCAUGUUGUUAUGUUAUCUUAAGAAACCAGGAGGAAUAGUGAGGCCACAUUUUGUUAACUCAUACAGAUGAUGAUGUGAUGAAGGUAAAGGAGAGAGAUGCAUGCUGUCAUAUUUGUUAACAGUUUCUGAAUUCUGCUUUGAUUUGACUUUUUUGGUGUGAAAUGUUAUUUUUUUGUUCUUUAUUCAAGUCGAUCAGAGAUAUUGAUGAUAUAUUUUCAAAGAUUAUUGGAAAACAAAUU